CAAUUCUCCCUGUUUACAUCAGUCAUGUCCUUCCCAUCCCGUUUGUGUUUGUGAGGCCAAAAUAGGAGUCUUGAAGGUGAACUAUACUGUGUGUAAUGGAGGAGGACAAGAAAGAGUACAGCGGGCCGAGGAUGACGAGGGAGAACCUGAGGCAGCUGUGCAAGGACCACCACCUCUACAGCGUGCCCGCCCUCAACGAUGUCCUCUACCUGCACUUUCAAGGUUACACGGAGAUCGAAAACCUGGAGGAGUACACGGGGCUUCGUUGUCUGUGGCUGGAGAACAACGGCCUUCGACGAAUCUCUGGUCUGGAUCACCUGAGGCACCUGCGCUCGCUGCACCUGCACCACAACCUGCUCACCUCCCUGGCCGGCAUCCAGCACCUCCCCACCCUCGUCACCCUCAACGUGGCGCACAACAUGAUCUCGAAUAUCGAACACCUGAGUGGUCUGGCUCACCUGGAGACGCUGCAGGUGAACCACAACCGCCUCACUUCCGUGGAUUGUCUCGCACCGCUCGCCACCUGCCCCGCCCUUUGUUCCGUCGACCUCUCCUACAACAGCCUCAAGGGUCCCGGCCUCGCUCUGGUCUUGGGCGAGGUGCGGGAGCUGCGGUGCGUCCAGGCGACAGGCAACCCGGCCACGCGCGAGGUGCGGCCCUACAGGAACACCUUCAUCCUCACCUGUCCCCAGCUCACCUAUCUGGACGACCGGCCUGUCUUCCCCGUGGACCGUGCUGCCGCCGAGGCCUGGCGCUCCGGCGGGUUGGACGCGGAGCGGGCGACGCGGAGGGAGUGGGCCGAGAGGGAGCACCGCCGCCAGAGGGAGUGUGUUAACGACUUACUAAAGCUUCGGGAGAGAGUUCUGGCAGAGCGAGCAGCCAAGGAGAAGGAGGUGUCAGAGGGGGCAGGAGCCGCGGCAACACGAGAGCCCAGCACGCCCGCAGACUGGGGGAUCUUCGUGCAGGAUAACGGGAACGAGAAGAUUUACGCCCUGACUCCCGAAGCCAAACAGUGGGCGAUAAAGAGACUGAGAAAGGACGAAGAGGAAGCGGAAAAAGAGCCGAAGCAAGAGAGAGAGGUGGAAGGGGAGGCUGACCAUAGUAACCAAGAAAAAGAAACCAACGAACCGCAUUCAGACGAGACUCAAGAGACACCCGACCUGAGAGACGAGAAACUGAUGGACGACCAGAUCGACCUUAGUCAGGACGAAGGGUUCAAGAGACUCCUGGGAUUCUUAAGUGAUGAUUCUGAUGACGUGGAGGCUCAAGCUCGCUGCGUUCUAAACAAUACGAUAAAUACAGAGAAAUCAAGAGAAAUAAAUCGUCUUAAAGAUCCUGAAGAAAUCGUAAUUUUGUCCCCUGAAGAUUCAAUAACCACAGAAUUUAUAUACGAAAAGUCACCGGCUGAUGGAAAAACAAGAGAAUCUGAGUCUCUGAUAGAUUUGGAAAUUACUGAAUUUGAAGAAGUAAAGAACGAGACAGAAAGACAAGUCGUAAAUGAACACUUGAAGGAACUUGAAGGCAGUGAAGAGAGUGUUAGUAAGUCGAGCGAAAGUGCUACCGAGACGAGGGAAACUUUAGUCGCUGCUCGAAACUCAGAGUACGACUCUAUCUGUCCACGACUGUCCUUGCCUCUUCGGUACCAGGAGGAGGAGGAGGAAGACGAGGAUGAUGAUCAUUUAUUCUUUAGGAGUUGUCAAAAUUUUAUCCUUGCAUCGACAGCGAGCAACACAGAUUCUCCAGACCAGAAAGAUAAACCUGACGAAAGACGAGAAAGUCCUCUCUUUACGUUGCCUCAUCAGCAGGAAGAAGAAGAGAACGAUGACAGCGACAACGACGAGGAAGACCGAAUGCUUCUCAGAGCUUCUCAAAAUUUCGUCAUUGCCCCCCCGGAGAGCAGCAUGGCACUAGACGAUCAAGACGUCAGCGAGGAAGAAAGGGGAAGACCACCCUCACCCAACCUCGACUCGGACCAGUACACUCAGGCUUUCCUUCGUCAGCUGGUGGCGAGGCACAACGCAUCCUCCGAGAAUCAAUCAGACAUUGAGGAAAUCUUAGAAAACCUGGAUUUGGACGCCCAGGAAGCACCACCCACGCACCCUCGUCACCCACACGCGGCCAUUCUUCAGCAGCUAGCUGAUAGGAGUGAGCCGGAGAGUGGCGAAGACGAGGAGCCUAUAACCCGAAGACAGAUCAACGGGCGGUGCCAUCCUAUGCGUCGAGUUGGCUUGCCCAUCUACGGCGAGGGGUGGGUGGAGGAGGUCAGGCGAAGAAUUCUGGAGGAUGCUGACUGGGAGGAGGAAAUAUUGUCCUCAAGUGACACAUCCGAGGAGGAGGGAAGUGUUGAUGACCUCAAUGUGGAGACGCCGGAGGAGUCAAGCAUGGCCGAGGAUGACUCUAGCUGGCAGGAGGACGACAGCGUGUUUGAAGAGAGUGUAGAGAACGUGAGCUCCGCCUCACCGCGGAAGGUCUUGGAUAGUGGGAGAGUAAUGGAGACAAACGACCCACUGGCAGCUCAACUAUCUAACAAGACGAGCAUUAGAACUAACGCGUCACUAAACACAAGGAAAGAGGAAGAGGAGGAGGACGAGGAGGAGGAGGAGGAGGAGAUGCAUGAGAAGCUGGCAGAGGAGCCAUCGAUUUCAACGUCUUGCUCCAGUAUGAGUCUGCCGUCCAUAAAUGAGUCCCUGGAGAGCAACGACGAAGGGGAGACAGAAGUACCUCAGAUCUUACCUCCUGGUACUGCUGGGGAAGAGACGAGAGGCACUGAAGUAGUUGAAGGAAGAGAAGGAUUAGGGUGGAGACGAGGAGGAAGAGGAGGAGCAGGAAGCUGUUUUCAGGAGUCCCAACACCCACAGGUCCGGGAUUCUGACGUCAUCACUGUCCAUGCUCCCGGAAGUGAUUCAGCACAGUCAGCACGGACAACACCAGCGGCCCCAGAGUCAGCUACCCCGUGCGUCAGCGGCGGUGAUGCAAGCACUGAUGACGCGGCUCCUCCGGUAUUACCCAAGGAAGGUUAUUCGGCGCCUCAGGAACGGGUAGGAAGGAGGAGGUCACAUGACAGGCACCCCAGACACAGGGAGUCGACCCUCAGCACCCACGACGCCCUCAGAAGCUCACACGAGGCUUUCGUCAGCGGCUACAACAUCACAGGCAGGUCACUUGUAUUUGUCUGUAUUUUACAGGCCCACUGUUAUUAGAAAGUUUUUCUCACAUACCAAGUUUAGAUGAUGAUGAUGCAAAUUCAGGUGAAAAAUUUGUUGCUUUCAUAUGCAAAUGCAGGUGGAAAAAAAUACUCUGAUGAUGCAAUUUACUGACAAGGAGAUGACUUGAAGGGGAUUUAUUUAAGUGCAGGAAAUGUAUGCGUCAUGUUUACUUUUAUCAUCAACAUUUAAGUGAAGACGAAAAUAACGUGAUGCAAAUAACGAGAGGAAUGGCUUCAC